AUGGCCCCCCAAACCCCCUACCAACUGGGCUUCGAGUUCUCCAAGAACCCGCUGCCCGGCCGCUUCGGCGAAAAGGAGCUGCGCCUGCGGGUGUGCAAGGGCCUGCGCGUGGGAUCCGGGUACUCCGCACAGGUGGCCGUGGUGCAGGAGAUACUGAGCGGGAGCCCGCCCAAACGGACGGGGUCGCUGCACCGGGACCCAGACGAGCUGGGGCCCAAGAUUGUGGCCAAGCUGUACGACCCGCGGUACCUGGGCCCGGCCUCGAGGAGGACACGGGUGCAGGCGGUGCGGUUCAUGGACGAGCAGUACGUGCGCGAGUGCGGGGCGUACCGCCACCUGCUGCACCACCAACUCCACCAGUCCAUCCCGCAGUACUACGGGUCGUGGUCGACGCACACCCCCGACCCAUCCAGUAAGCAGUUGUGCGAGGUGCGCCUCAUCCUGACGGAGCUGGUCGAGGGUACGGAUAUGAGGCAGCUACGGCCGGAGUCGUUCUCGCUAGCCGACCGCCAGGCGAUCAUGCGGCAGAUCGUGGAGAUUGAAUUCCAGUUCUACGCGUGUGAUCUCCGGCACCGGGAUCUGUAUCCGCGGAACGUCAUCCUCACCAAGCCGGAUCCGCGCGCGGAUCGGCCACUCGUGGAUGGACGUGCAUUCGCCCCGCUGCGCCGAUCUCGAUCUUCUCGCGGGCACCUAUAUCAGUCCCAUCCUGCGCUGGGGGGUGGACGACGCGCGGGAUAUAUGGUUUGA